AUGACAGCAGGUGGCCCUGCACCGGCGCAAACUGUACACAACCCGCAACGAACCACACGCGCAGAGCCGGCGGCGGUGCUGGAGCCGGUGCAGGCGGAGGAGCUGGAAGCCGAGGCAGCAGAGGUCGGGGGACAGCAGGGGGAGCAGCCUCCGGUGGAAGCCGAGGGGGCCGCUGACGAGGACGAGGAGGGCCGCUCCGAUGAAUGGAGCCUCGGCGAGGGAGAGAGCGAGGAGGGAGUUGAGUACGAGGACGGGGACGAGGACGCGGAUGACGAAGGACACAUUGAGGAGGAGGAGUUCUUUGAUGAUGAUUACGGCGCGGGAUGGGACGCGCCCGAGCGCGCCGUCGGCGCUGCGCCCGCGCGGCAGCCUGGCGACACGCUCAUCGCGCCCGGUGUGUGGGCGCGCCGCAUGCCCGACGGCCGCCACUGCCUGCUGGGCGCGCCGCUGCGCUACGCGCCCAAGCUGCUGCGGCGCAUCUUCGGCUUCUCCCAGCAGCGCGGGCAGCUGCUGUGGCGCCGCCAGGAGCCAAUUGACGACGAGGCGUGGCGCUACAUUUGCGACACCCUGGCGGCGCCGAGGAUCCAGCCGCUCCUGCAGAGUGGGCGGCGCGUGCUGGAGCCGCUGCCGGGGUGGGGCUUCCCAGCCUCCCUGAGGCUGCACGACAGCAGCGGCAAUGUGCUGCAGGGUCCUCGGCGCUCGGGCCGCGGCGCCAAACCUUGGAAUGUGGGCAGGCAGUUUUUCAGCAGCUUCAACCAAGGGGUUGAGGACAGCUUCUUGUGGGCGGACGGUGUCGGGCCCAUGGAGCCGGAGGCCCAGCAGAGCUUCAAUGAGAUGGUCCGCAACCACGGCCUGUGGGCUGUCUUUGGCUGA